GAUGAUGUUGACUUUAGCAUUUUUAUUGAUAUCAGGUCGUACUAUUUUGGCGACAUAAACCUUAUUAAAGACAAGUUUAUGAAGUCAGAAAUUGAAAAAAGUGAAGGGAUUCCUGUGAGUAAACUGAUGACUUUCAACCGGCUGAAAAAAUUAUCUGAUGACCAGUCCAUGGUUUUGGCGGCCCUUCGGAAAUCAACUAGCGGUUUAUUAGAGAUUGAUGAAGCUGAAUCACGAAUUCGACGAUCACCUUUGAAACCACUACCUGCAGACCCCGCCAAACACUGGCAAACAGUCAGAAUGCGCACAGCUUACGUCGUAAGUAAUCCGAUUAUGCUCAAACUUGACUUAGUUUUCGAACUUUUGCUUCGAUUUGGCAUUGUUUAUAGAAAGGUUUUCCAGAAGACUGCACCUUAG